CUCUGCCUUUCCACAAAAAUGUUAUUAAAUACAGAACUCUAAAAAACAUUAAAUGCGUACAAAACGCGUGUAUUAACAAUAUAAAAGCUAUCCACGCUUUUCAAUUCUACAAACACAAAAUGUACGUCCAAAUUAUCUGUUUUCUGUGUCUUUUUACCGACGUUCUGAGCUUGUCUCUUUCCGCGGCUCAGCAUGUUCCAAAACCGACGGUGUGUCGUGGAACUGAUUUGAAUACAGAAAAUUUUGAGCAUUUUGAUUGGAGGGAAUGCGGCGGGGUAAGUCCGGUGAAGGAUCAAGGUCAUUCGUGUUUAUCUUGCUGGGCUUUUAGUGCCAUUGCAAACAUCGAGAGUCAGUUUUGGAUGAAAGGUUAUCCCUUCAUCCUUUCAGAGCAGUUCCUAUUAGAUUGCAACAAUAUGAACGCCGAUUGCAAUCACACGGUCAGCGUUGUUCACACAUUUGCUGAUAUAAUAACUAAUCUCGGAGGUGUGCCCCUCGAGUCACGUUACCGGCCGUACAGUGAUUCAAAGUGGCAAUGCCCACAGACGAAGCCUGAGUUAUAUAACGUGAUUGGGCUAGAGCGAAUCAAGCCAGGAGAUGAAGAUGCAAUGGUUAAAGCUUUGAGGAAACAUGGCCCGCUUUCUGCUGGUAUUAACAAUAAAAUGAUGCUAAUGCCUCGCAACGCUACAGAUAUAGACGAACCCACGGAGGAACAGUGCCCGCCGGAAGGUCGGAACCGAAAUCACGCCGUCCUUAUAGUUGGCUACGGCGUCGCUUAUAGCCGUGAUGGACGAACCGUGCCCUAUUGGAUCAUCAAGAAUUCUUGGGGGACGAACUGGCAGGCGGGGGACAAGGGGUACUAUUACCUCCGCCGUGGGACCAACGCGUGCGGCAUAGCCAUGGACGUGUCAUUCGCUAAAGUAUAUAUAGACUAGUUUUUGCCCGCGACUUCGUCUGCGUGGACUUAGUAACCCCAGCUAGAGUAAGAAUAGCGCCUGGAGAAUAUCUUAUAGCGAUUAUUCAAUUUGAGCAUAUUAUGAAUAGAAUAGAAUAGAAUAGAAUACUUUAUUUGUAAACACACACACAGACAAUAGACAUACAUUAAAAGAACAUGAAAAUAAAGUGUCACGAAAUGGCCCCAUCUCAGCAUGCUGCUGGCGACUUCCAGCGCUGAUCUUCCGAUGAGACCAUCAGGUGAGAAUCACGGAAGGUAACAGACAAAAAGAAAGCAACAUAAAAGAAAGAGACAUAAAAUAUGGCGAAAAAUAAAAUUACACAUCGUUUACACAAACUAAUACAAAAAGAGAUACAAUAUGACGACAUAAGAACAUAACAUAAGUACAUAACAUUAAGUUACACGGAUCAACCGACCGAACAUGUGCCGAACAUGAUUAUGCACACAAAUUAGCAGACACUUCAUUAAUUAUCUCAAUUCCACCCCGCUUUUUACUUUCUUAAGGGAUGAUUUUCGGGAUAAAAACUAUCCUAUGUCCUUCUCAGGGACUCAACCUAUCUCUAUGCCAAAUUUCAUCUAAAUCGAUUCAGCGGUUUAAGCGUGAAGAAGAGGGAACACACAGUCAGACAGACAGACUUUCGCAUUUAUAAUAUUAAGUAUGGAUAAAUAUGGAUUAAGGGGCCAAUGCUGUGUAACAUAAUUUUUUUCACCACAGCAGCUCGUACAAGCCUACUUUCGUCACUCCAGGGAGUGAAACAAAGUAGCUUUUUAAUUUAGUGAAGGCCAUGAACUGGCAUUUCAUACUUCGGGGUCUAUUACAAAUUCGAAAUACAUUUUAAUCUUUAAUAUGUUCUCAAUGCUGAGGUGAAAAAAUAUAUGUGUCACACGGGAGCGAAGUAUUCUCGUGUUUUUGAGUCCCUCGCUACGCUCAAGAUUCCUCUCUUUUUUGUUGCACUCUCUCUUGUUGCACGAAUAACUAUUCUGUAAUUAAGGCUUUUAAAUGAAAAACCUAAAAAUUGAAUAUAAAAUAAACCGUGUUUUUAUUUUUAAGAUAUUAAAAUCAACUGUACACUAGUG